AUUGUUGUCCCAUAAUAUAUGCCGAUUCGUUUUGAUUGCAGAAGUCUUAAAAACAAAAACUAUAACCUACUUGCCAUUCAUUUAUAACAAUUAUAAUAUUUUGGUGCAAGUUUAUUAUACAUCAAAAUGGCUCUGGCAAUGCAGAAGAGAAAUAACGUGCGUUUACCUCCGGAAGUGAAUCGUGUGUUAUACGUUCGAAAUCUACCUUACAAAAUCACUUCCGAUGAAAUGUAUGACAUUUUUGGUAAAUACGGAGCUAUUCGACAAAUCAGAGUAGGCAACACCCCAGAAACUCGCGGAACAGCCUUCGUUGUAUACGAAGAUAUCUUCGACGCCAAAAAUGCAUGUGACCAUUUGUCCGGGUUCAACGUGUGCAACCGGUAUCUUGUAGUGCUUUAUUAUCAGUCAACGAAGGCAUUCAAACGCCUCGAUGUGGAUAAGAAACAGGAGGAAUUAGACCAGAUGAAGGCCAAAUAUAACAUCAACUCAGACGAUUUAAGAAAAUAAACCUUUAACACGCAUAAGUAUGUUGUUCUAUUGCGGAAUCUAUACGAAA